AUGCUUUCCAGGAGACACUCCAGAGCUUUUCUUCUUGAUACAUGUAACAGAGGAACUCAAUUUGUGGAGAUCCUGAAAAUUAUCUAUCCCAAGGCAGACUGCCUUCACGAGGAUGACUUUGACUGGCUCAUUGAGUGUCCCAAAACAGAGCAGUUUCUUGAGUGGUUUUGCAACACAGUGGGAGAGGAGAACCUAUUGGACUCCACUGAACUGGAAAGCUAUGAGAAACUGGUUGCUUCUGGAAAGCCUAUUCUGGAGGGGGAAGCAUUGGAAGAGGCACUGAAAACCUGUUCCCAAUCUUUUGAGGUAAAUGGUGUCUUGCAGGAUAAUGAAGCCCUCUCCCUUGAUGCUCUUGAACAAGAAAUGCAGUCACUGAAGAAUCAAUGUGCCUGUCACAUAAAGAGGCACAAUCAGAUUCAGGUUCGUGCAGCCAGCUUGAAGCAGAGGGUCUUUUGUUCAACAGAGAAGAUAGAGAAAGGCAAGAGGGAGCUGAAAAAUACACACCUGAAACUGGAGAUUGUGAAUUUUCAGAGCAAUGAUGUUCUCAGCCAGCUCUGUAAGAAGGCAAGUGAGCUAGCUCAGUGCCAAACAGGCCCUGGGAAUGAGCAAACAAGAACAUCUAUGGCUACAGAAGAUCUGAGUCAUUACCUGAAGUCAGAAGAAACAACCACAAAGGUAGUAUCGGAAUAUUUUUCAAAGGUUAUGCGAAGUAUUCAUGAUAUAGAGGCUGAUAAAACUGUUCUAGCAAAGAAGUGGCAUGGAAGCACUUGGGAAGAGCUGAUUUCAGAUAUUACAGCAAGGCUAGGUCAGGAAAGGCUCCUAGGAAACAAGAGCAUUGCCAGUGACAAAGACUCUGAAGAUCACACAAUAGUCACAGCCAUGGUAAAAAGCUGCGAUGAAUUUUACCAAGGACAGCUUGCUGAAAAAGAGGAAGCAACAUUUAUUCAGAAAGCCCUGUCAGAAGAAAUGGACAUGCCCAAAACAGAAGAUUCCAGAACUUGGGGCCAAGCUGCUCUGAAUGAUUGUGAAGGAGGGCCAAAACAUGCAGAAGGUGAUGAAACAGAGUGUCCUAAAAAAAACAAGCUAGACAUCUGUGAAGAAGAACUGGGGCGCAUGAAGUCAAGUUACAUGUGGAACAAGAUGGAAGUAGUCAUGCUUUCUGCAAAAAUUAAAGGAAUUUCAUCCUCUCUGCAAUGGGCAGUGAAGACCCUGAAGAUUUUUAAAGACAAAAAGCUGAAGGAAGAGAAGGGAGAACUGUGUCUUCGCAUAGCCAGAUGCCAGGAACAGCUGUGCACCCUCCAAACAGAAGUAGAUGAAGCAAAGACACAACAGCUUCUGCCUUUGCUUCAGGGCAGUGCACUUCUUUGCUUGCCUAUAUUAAAUGGGGAACUUGACUUGGAAGCCACCAGACUGAGGCAUCUUGAGUUGAUGCAAGAGGAAACUGCUGACCAAAUGUUGGGCCAGCUGAGUCAUUUGGAGCUGCUGAGACUCCUGCUAAUGCUGGAGAAAAAGAAUCUACAACAGAUGGGGUCUUUGUUGGAGGAAGUGUCGACUACCCUGAAUGAACGACUGUCAAAAUUACAGGAAUGGCAGUCCUGUUUUGAGGAUUCUGGGUUCUCCAUUAAGCAAUGUCCAAGAACUCUGAUAGACCUCAGUGAUUUCACCACCUUACGGCUAUGGAAGAUGUUGGACAAGCACAGCCAAAAGUACCAACUCUUUCGUGCGUAUGAGACCUUAGCAAGCCGAAGCUCACGGCUGUGGCAGGAACUAAGGAUGCUCCAAGUGCAGCUAGUAACUCCACAUACAUUGCUUCCUAAACUGGAAUCUGAAAACAAAAUCCUGUACUGCCUAAUGUAUGAUGACUCCAAGCAGCUAAUGCUUCGUGCACAGGAACUCUCAGAACCUUUGGAACAGCUCAGCACCACACAUGCCAAACUGUACCAAAUGCUGCUGGACACCCAGAGUGACUUGAAGAGUAAACGCAAAUCCCUGCAAAGCCACUUUCAGAAGACAAAGCACAGCCUCUACAUGCACUUCUUCAACAACUCAGACUACCUGAAGGAUCUGGUAGAAGAUGUUGAGAAGAAGGCAGUAGUAUCUUCAUACAUGUAGGUACCAUUUGUACCAGAAAAAGUAAUAGUUGGGUAGAAAACAAGUAUGAUGGUUUGCUCCAAGGACACCCAUGCUAUCUUAACUUGAAUUGUAUG